AUGAAUUUACUAGAUUGGCUGCAGGAGCUGGACAGCGGAAGUGAUGGUGAAUCUGAGGAUUGUGCAAAAGGAGUAGAUAAAAUUUCAACAAAAAAUAAAGUUCGGAGAAUAAAGCAAGCAAUAAAACUUUUGUUGGAAAGAGCGGACGGAGGAGAGGAACGCUACUGGAAAGAGGUAGCUCAGAAACAAGAAAAAGAAAUUGAGAACUUGAAAAAUGAUGUAAAAAGACUAGAAGACACAAUACAAGAAAUGAGAGAACAACGAAAGAAUAGAUCACCUUUAGAAUCUCCAAAAAGAAAGAAGAGACCGGAAGCACUUAGUGAAGCACCAAGAAUAACUAAUAUGAAAACGUUGAACACGAAUCAAAGAUACAAAACUACAAACUCAAAAAUAUGGCAAGGAUUGAAAAAAAUUUAUUCCGACACAGGAGAUAGCGAAACGACAGACGGGGAUACAAACAAGUGGGAUUCUAUUAAGGAUCGAUACAACUAUAAAAAUAAAAGUGAAAAAAUAGAAGCAAAAAAGUAUAACAGAAACUUACAAAGAAACGAGGCUAGGUUAAAUUAUAAAAAUAAUUGCAUACAAACAAGAAGGGUUUCCAACAGCAGUUCGAACUUAAAUGAGUAUAGUAGGCAGGAGAACAGAAGAAAUAUGGAGGUAGAUAGCAAUAGAAGAAUCGACUGGACGGAGAUGCGCUCAAAUAACUAUACAGAGGAUGGAAAUAAAGAAUACGAUACAUACGACGCAAGGAACCAAGGACGACAAGGAAGAAUUAACUUAAGAAACACAUCGGCGGUUACCAUGUUUUGUGGUGGGAAUAUUGGAUACGCGGAGGCACUAACAACAGCAAAAGAGAACAUAAACUUACAAAAUCUAGACAUAAUCAAUAAUAUGAACAUCAGAAGAUCGAUGACAGGAGGAUUGAUCUUUGAGAUACAUGGACAAGACCAAAAGUAUAAAGCAGAUAAACUAGCGGAAGAGCUUAAAGAGGUAUUUAGAGAUAAAGAGGUACACAUUAACAGGCCAACUCCAAAGACGGAAUUUAUAAUCUCAGGUCUGGAUGAUUCAAUCACGGAGCAGGAGGUAGAAGAGGCAUUGGUGAGACUGAGUGGACGGGAUUUUGAAGGUGGCAAAAUGGGACAAAUCAAAAAAGCGAUAGAUGGGAUGGGAUCGAUAUGGAUCCAAUGCCCCAGCACAACAGCAGCGAGGAUAUGUACAGGAAACAAAAUAAGAAUAGGCUGGACGUGGGCCAGUAUAGAAAUUUUGAAGAAACGCCCUCUGAAAUGUUUUAAAUGCCUAGCGAAUGGUCAUGUAAGAAUGAACUGUGACAGUAAGGUAGAUAGAAGGGGAUCAUGUUUCAACUGUGGAGAAAUGGGACAUAAAAUAGGAGACUGCAGAAAUAGGUCGCAUUGCCCAGCAUGCUAUGAAAAUGGUUUUUCAUAUACCCACAGAACUGGCAGCAACACAUGUAAACUGGGCACAAUGAAUAUGCGGUACCUAACACGAUGA